UUGGCAACAGUGGAAGUUUGCCGCUCGUUUGGACUUUCCUAACUGGACAUUUGUGUGUUUCGUGGACACAUAACUAGUCUGUGGGCGUUAGAAUACUUGCUGGUUUUUAUGGGAUCAAAUACGUUGGCGCUAAAUCGAUUUAUAGCAUUUAAUUAAUGUCUCUACAAAUGUAUUCACACCCAGGAGAUGCUAGCUAUUUGCCAGUACAUUAACACCGCCUAGCAGGAUCUGGGCGGUACCGCUUUAACACGCCGUGCGCGCUCCCGCUGACGUCAAACGGCUUGUGACUGACGCUGGUGUUUGGGCCACGACGGUACAGACGUGACUGACAGGCUGGUUCCUCACUCGUUCAAUCACCAAUGAGCGCCGUUACAAACAAGCACCUGAAGGGGUCCACUUUCAAAUGAAGAGUCCCAACAACUGCCUCCGAUGAAGCUGACAGAGUGACGGGCUAAAUGCUAAAGGAGCCCAUUACAAGACAUCACUGCAGAUCUUUAAAAAAGUUCUCUUUAUCGAACGUUUGUAUUGAUCGAGAGGAACCAUGGGGGCCACAGGAUACGGCUACUAUCGUGGGACGAUCUUCUUCUGCAUGUUCAUCGGCUACAUGCUGUAUUUCUUCAACAGGAAGACGUUCUCCUUUGUUAUGCCCUCGGUGAUGGAUGAAAUUAGGCUGGACAAAGACGACUUGGGCUUGAUCACCAGCAGCCAGACCAUGGCCUACGCCAUCAGUAAAUUCAUCAGCGGUGUUUUGUCAGACCAGAUUAGUGCCCGCUGGCUUUUCUCCAUCGGUCUUUUUGUGGUUGGAGGCAUCAACGUGGUCUUCUCCUGGUCUUCUACUGUGACUAUGUUCUCUGUGCUCUGGUUUGUUAAUGGCCUGGGACAAGGCUGUGGAUGGCCGCCAUGUGGGAAGGUCCUACGUAAGUGGUUUGAGCCGUCCCAGUUUGGAACAUGGUGGUCUGUGCUGUCCUGCAGCAUGAACCUGGCAGGGAGUCUGGGCCCGAUCUUGGUCACAGUGCUCCUGAACUACUAUGACUGGAGGACCAUCCUAACAAUGUCAGGCGUCUUCUGUGCUGCCUUCUCGUUUGUGACCCUGAUGUUGGUGAAGAAUGAGCCGAAGGAUGUGGGCCUGCCCGGUGUUACGGUGGCAGCCAAGAAGGGGGCCAGGGGAAGAGGCAACAGCGAGAGCACCCUGAGCGAGUUCCUGCUCUCGCCUUUCCUCUGGGUGCUGUCUCUGGGCUACCUGGUGGUGUUUGGGGUGAAGACAGCCGCAACUGACUGGGGGCAGCUAUUCCUCAUGCAGGAGAAGGGCCAGACGGCUCUCAUGGGCAGUACUUACAUGAGUGCCUUGGAGGUGGGCGGCUUCGUGGGCAGCCUUGCUUCCGGCUUCAUCUCUGACAGAGCUGUUGCUCGACAUGGCCUGGGCACACAUGGCAACCCUCGCCAUGGCUUGCUGAUUGUCAUGAUGGCUGGUAUGUACGUCUCCAUGUACCUCUUCAGGGUCACCAUCACACCUGAAAUCCCAAAGGAGGCUCCUCUUUGGGUCCAGGUCCUCCAUCCAGUGUCUGUGUACCUCGGAGUCUCAGAAAGAGAGAUCUGGAUCCUCUUUCUCGGUGCGAUGUUCGGAUUUUCCUCCUAUGGACCGAUCGCUCUGUUUGGUGUGAUUGCAAGUGAAAGUGCCCCCUCCAACUUCUGCGGAACCUCCCAUGCUAUCGUGGCUCUCAUGGCUAACGUGGGGGCUUUUGUAGCAGGCCUUCCCUUCAGCACUAUUGCCAAACAACACAGCUGGGACAUGGCGUUCUGGGUCGCCGAGGUCUUCAUGGCCGUCACCACCGUAUUGUUCUUCCUCGUUCGCAACAUGCGCACCAGGAUGGGAAGAAGGGAGAAGAUGGACUAAUGUACACUCUUGUCAGCCUGGAUGAUUGUAUCAACGGUGCUGCCCACGUAAUAUUAAUGCACAUUACCGCCACGCAAAUCCACAUGGAACUCAGGGUCAAUUUGUUCAAUUCCUUAAAAUGUUCACCUCUUGCACCAUAUGGACAAAAAAUGGAUUUUGUAAGUUUACUCCCUUACACAGAUAGUAGUAUAUAAGUAACCAGUAUUUGAUUACAAUGCACACGACGGCUUGGUGCAUGUGUCCCAAUACUUCUGUCCCUAUAUCUUUAGAUAUUUUCUUACUUCCUAUUAAGUUACACACAAACACAGUGUACUCUGUCUAGUUUGAUACUUCCACAGACUUCGAAAAGCAGUACUUGUCAAAAUGCCAAAUAAAUGCUGGAUGCCAAAAAAAAUAAACUACAAAAGCACAGGAGCCCCCCCCCCCCCAUUGUUGUCAUUUACAUGGGUUUGAAUGACAUAAACCCUUGCAUGCUAACAACUUGCCUACUAGUGCUAUGUGCGUAUAUAAGUGCCUACCUCUGAAAAUGCUAAAAUUGUUAGUAUAAUUGUUAGCAUGAUAGAGCUAAGUGUUUGCUUAAGUUAAAUUCCAUGAAAAUCUCAAAAAAAUAUAUGCUCAUAUUAGCAUGCUAGGAAUGUGAACCUGUUAAUGUUAGCAUGCUAACACACAGCAAGAUAGUGCAACGUGUUCAUGAGUGUCUACCCAUUUAAACAGCUAAAAAUUAUAUGCCAAUAUGAACAUAGUAGAAAUGUUAACAUGCUAACAUUAGCAUGCUAACAUACACACACUGUAUAUAACACAUAUAACGCCUUUUAAAAACUGUAAUAUUUAAAGUGUAUGCUACUAAAAUGAAAUUUUUCCAUGGCUUAUAUCAUCAUAAUUUCAUAUUAUUUAAGAUAAGGCAAUCAUCAAACACUUACUUGAAGCGUGGCUGUUUUAUUGGCCUGUGGCACAUUUAAAAAAUGGUUCAAAACAGCAAAAAUAGAAACAUCUGCAAAAACAUCAAAAUAUUAAAAGAAAAAAUAAUUGAAGUAAUCGAAGGAGAAAAGCAUUUAAUUUUAUGAGUAUAACCAAAUAUGAGGAAAAAUAAUAUUUUAGUAGCAUAAUGUUGAAAUAUUAAAAAACUAAGUUAUUUUUUUAAGGUGGUAAUAUAAAUAUAUAGUAAUAAAGUUGUGAUUUUUGGAACAUUGUUGGGUAAUAAGACAAAAAUAAAGUCAUAGUAACAGGAAAUUUAAUUUUAACAACAAAGUUGUAAUAUUUGGAGGUUCUAUGUAUGGCCCUCGGUAGAUGUUUGCACACCUCUGCUGUAUAGUGCUGCACAUAACAAAUCAGGGGUUCACACUAACUGCCAUUGUAGUCCACAAUUCAUGCCGCCCAUCCCCUUCCAGCCUCGGACGCCAGGGUGAGAAAAUGAAGCAAGAAAAUUGUUUUUUUUGCAGAACUUCUACACUAUCAUUUGUAUGUGUAACCCAUCAUUUCACUGACAACUACUAUUUAAUCUUGAUAAUUAACUUUCUUCUCCGAAGAAAAACAGCAUUACAACUACCAACUGAGCUUUAUUGGUCCAUUGAUAACAAUCAUUACACAAUUACAUCUAUAAACAAAUAAAAAUAAACUGCACACUUGCACUGACAGCUAAACCUCGUGAGUAUUGCUACUGCUGGUAUGCAUUUGACAUGUCAAAUAAAUGUACAGUUU